ACCGUUGUCACCAAGACUAUUACUUCUGGUAGGAGUGGGAUAGGACAGUUGUAUACUGGAACUGAGUUCUCCCUGAGGCAUCCAGGCUGGGACAAGAACCUGGGGCCGACCUUGGAGCGCGGGGAGUCAAGACGACGCCCUCCCCACCCCGGACCAUUCCACUGUGCUGCGCGUUGAGGGUGAGGAGCGCGGUGGUAGCGCCCGGCGCCGCCCCCGCCACAGCCACCCGCGCCAAGCGCUCCCGCAGGAUGGCGCGGGCCAAGCUGCCGCGCUCACCGUCCGAGGGCAAGGCGGGUCCGGGGGAUACCCCAGCCGGCGCUGCAGCCCCCGAGGAACCUCACGGGCUCAGCCCUCUGCUGCCGGCCCGCGGCGGGGGCUCCGUAGGCAGCGACGUGGGCCAGAGGCUUCAUGUGGAGGAUUUCAGCCUGGACUCUUCCCUCUCUCAGGUCCAGGUGGAAUUCUAUGUCAAUGAGAACACCUGCAAAGAGAGGCUCAAGCUGUUCUUCAUCAAAAACCAAAGAUCCAGCCUGAGGAUCCGGCUGUUCAACUUCUCCCUCAAGCUCCUCACCUGCCUGCUGUACAUCGUCCGUGUCCUGCUCGACAACCCAGACCAGGGCAUCGGAUGCUGGGGCUGCACGAAGUAUAACUACACUUUCAAUGGCUCAUCCUCCGAGUUCCACUGGGCUCCCAUUCUGUGGGUGGAGAGGAAGAUGACUUUGUGGGUGAUUCAGGUCAUUGUGGCCACAAUAAGCUUCUUAGAGACCAUGCUCCUCAUUUACCUCAGCUACAAAGGCAACAUCUGGGAGCAGGUCUUCCACGUUCCUUUCAUCCUGGAGAUGAUCAACACUCUGCCCUUCAUCAUCACGGUCUUCUGGCCACCUCUUCGGAACCUGUUCAUCCCCGUGUUUCUCAACUGCUGGCUGGCCAAGCACGCGCUGGAGAACAUGAUCAAUGACUUCCACCGUGCCAUCCUGCGCACACAGUCAGCCAUGUUCAACCAGGUGCUCAUCCUCUUCUGUACCCUGCUGUGUCUCGUCUUCACGGGGACCUGUGGGAUCCAGCACCUGGAGCGGGCAGGUGGGAACUUGAACCUGCUGACUUCCUUCUACUUCUGCAUCGUCACUUUUUCAACUGUGGGCUUUGGUGAUGUGACACCCAAGAUCUGGCCAUCCCAGCUGCUGGUGGUCAUCCUGAUCUGUGUGACCCUCGUGGUACUCCCACUGCAGUUUGAAGAGCUUGUCUACCUCUGGAUGGAACGGCAGAAGUCAGGGGGCAACUACAGCCGCCACCGAGCACAGACGGAAAAACAUGUGGUCCUGUGUGUUAGCUCCCUCAAGAUUGACCUCCUCAUGGAUUUCCUGAAUGAGUUCUAUGCCCAUCCCCGGCUCCAGGACUACUACGUGGUCAUCCUGUGUCCCUCCGAAAUGGAUGUCCAGGUGCGCAGGGUACUGCAGAUUCCCCUGUGGUCCCAGCGGGUCAUCUACCUCCAGGGCUCUGCCCUCAAGGACCAGGACCUCAUGCGAGCCAAGAUGGACAACGGAGAGGCCUGCUUUAUCCUCAGUAGCAGGAACGAGGUGGACCGCACAGCUGCGGAUCACCAAACCAUUCUUCGAGCCUGGGCUGUGAAGGACUUUGCCCCGAACUGUCCCCUCUACGUCCAGAUCCUCAAGCCUGAAAACAAGUUUCACGUCAAAUUUGCUGACCACGUGGUAUGCGAGGAGGAGUGCAAGUACGCCAUGCUGGCCCUGAACUGCAUCUGCCCGGCCACCUCCACCCUCAUCACCCUGCUGGUGCACACAUCCCGUGGCCAGGAAGGACAGGAAUCUCCAGAGCAGUGGCAGCGCAUGUAUGGGCGCUGCUCGGGCAAUGAGGUGUACCACAUUCGCAUGGGCGACAGCAAGUUCUUCCGGGAGUAUGAGGGCAAGAGCUUCACCUACGCAGCCUUCCACGCACACAAGAAGUAUGGCGUGUGCCUCAUUGGGGUGAAACGUGAGGACAACAAGAGUAUCCUGCUGAACCCGGGGCCACGGCACAUCCUGGCCGCCUCCGACACCUGCUUCUACAUCAACAUCACCAAGGAGGAGAACUCAGCCUUCAUCUUCAAGCAGGAGGAGAAGCAGAAGAGGCGGGGACUCACAGGGCAGGCACUGUAUGAGGGGCCAUCCCGUCUGCCGGUGCAUAGCAUCAUUGCCUCUAUGGGGACAGUGGCCAUGGACCUGCAGAACACAGACUGCCGGCCCUCCCAGGGUGGCGGUGGCGGGGGCAGCGGCGGCAAGCUGACUCUGCCCACGGAGAAUGGCUCUGGUAGUCGGCGCCCCAGCAUUGCACCCGUCCUGGAGCUGGCAGACAGCUCAGCCCUGUUGCCCUGCGACCUACUAAGUGACCAGUCAGAGGACGAGGUGACGCCCUCAGACGACGAGGGGCUCUCUGUGGUUGAGUACGUGAAGGGCUACCCCCCCAACUCACCCUACAUUGGCAGCUCCCCAACCUUAUGCCACCUCCUGCCUGUGAAAGCUCCCUUCUGCUGCCUGCGGCUGGACAAGGGCUGCAAACACAACAGCUAUGAAGAUGCCAAGGCCUAUGGGUUCAAGAACAAGCUGAUUAUUGUCUCUGCUGAGACGGCGGGCAACGGGCUCUACAACUUCAUCGUGCCGCUGCGUGCCUACUAUCGGUCUCGUCGGGAACUCAACCCCAUCGUGCUGCUGCUUGACAACAAACCUGACCACCACUUCCUGGAGGCUAUCUGCUGCUUCCCCAUGGUCUACUACAUGGAGGGCUCCGUGGACAACCUGGACAGCCUGUUACAGUGCGGAAUUAUCUAUGCCGACAACCUGGUGGUGGUGGACAAGGAGAGCACCAUGAGCGCCGAAGAGGACUACAUGGCAGAUGCCAAGACCAUUGUCAAUGUUCAGACCAUGUUUCGGCUCUUCCCCAGCCUCAGCAUCACCACAGAGCUUACCCACCCUUCCAACAUGCGGUUCAUGCAGUUCCGUGCCAAGGACAGCUACUCUCUGGCUCUUUCCAAAUUGGAAAAGCAAGAACGGGAGAAUGGCUCCAACCUGGCCUUCAUGUUCCGCCUGCCAUUUGCUGCUGGUCGAGUAUUUAGUAUCAGCAUGUUGGAUACGCUGCUCUACCAGGUGGCUUCUGAGUGUGCUGAGGCUGGAGCAUCUGCCUCACGUGGCCCCGCUGCUCCACAGUCCUUCGUGAAAGACUACAUGAUCACCAUCACCAGGCUGCUGCUAGGCCUUGACACCACCCCAGGCUCCGGCUACCUCUGCGCCAUGAAGGUAACCGAGGAUGACCUGUGGAUCCGAACUUACGGUCGCCUCUUUCAGAAACUCUGCUCCUCCAGUGCUGAGAUCCCCAUCGGCAUCUACAGGACUGAGUGCCAUGUCUUCUCCUCUGAGCCCCAUGACCUCAGAGCCCAGUCCCAGAUCUCAGUGAACAUGGAGGACCGCGAGGACACUCGGGAGGCCAAGGGGCCCUGGGGCACACGCGCUGCCUCCAGCAGUGGCAGCACCCACGGCCGCCACGGGGGCAGUGCUGAUCCGGCAGAGCACCCCCUACUGCGCCGCAAGAGCCUCCAGUGGGCCCGCAAGCUGAGUCGAAAGAGCAGCAAGCAGGCGGGGAAGGCCCCUGCGGCCACAGAGUGGAUCACACAGCAGCGGCUCAGCCUCUACCGGCGCUCAGAGCGCCAGGAGCUCUCAGAGCUGGUCAAGAACCGGAUGAAACACCUGGGGCUGCCCACCACGGGCUACGAGGACGUAGCAAAUUUAACAGCCAGUGAUGUGAUGAAUCGGGUAAACCUGGGAUAUUUGCAAGACGAGAUGAACGACCAUCACCAGAACACCCUCUCCUACGUACUCAUCAACCCCCCGCCAGACACGAGGCUGGAGCCCAAUGACAUUGUGUACCUCAUCCGCUCCGACCCCCUGGCCCACGUGGGCAGCAGCUCCCAGAGUCGGAAGAGCAGCUGCAGCAACAAGCUCUCAUCCUGUAAUCCUGAGACCCGGGAUGAGACACAGCUCUGAGCAGCCAAGAAGCCCGUGUGGGGACAGACAGACGGACACAGAACACAGAGAGAGCAUUGUCACACGCUGGCUUGGCCCAAGCAGGCUAUGCUAUGACUAAACGGUGGCUCCAAGACUUGUCCCCCAGGAAGGAAAUUCUCUCGGUGGGGACAAUCAUGAGACCACUGGACUACCCUUGAAACUGGCAGGAGGCACUUUUUAACCUAUUUUUACAAGUAUGUAUGAUUUGCAUCUCUUUACAAAGCUGUACCACAACUCGUGACUUGGGUCUAGCCAAAGUAUGGGACUAGCAGCAGAGAAGGAACUGAGCAGGGACUGGACACGACCCCAGGCCCCACCCUCCUGCAUGGCUUCACUCAGUAAUUUCUGAAGGGGCUCUGGGCUGCAUGGGAGAAGAAAAGACCUGCAACUGGGGAGACCCCUGCAUGGAGACCAGCUCUAGCCGCCCAACGUGCUACUCUGACCAGAGCUUCUGCAUGGCUCUGAGACUAUACCAGGGCCUAUGGGGGCUGCCUCUCCCCAGAACCAGGCAAGGGGCCAACAGUAACAGUGCCAUGCCUGCCCUUUAAGUGGAGAACAAAGGAGGGACUUAUCAGGGGGCCCAUCCUGAACCUGAGCUCUGCUGCCCCCUGCAUGGGGUGGGGGUCCUCAGAGUCCUGUGGUCGGCCAUGGCAACGGAGGGAGCCCUGCAGCUGUGGUUAUGGAGGUCAGAUGAUGUUUCCAGCUACCACACUUGGGCUCCCCCAGCUGCGGAGCCUGGGGACCCAGGACCUGCAAAUGAUGCGUCCCCACGGACGAUUUCACAUACUCAAAGCAAAGUCUUGUCUCUAAACACCUGAUCUGAGAAGCACAAUUAGCUCUGGGCUCUGGCCACGCCUCAGGUCUCCAGGGAUUGCUCCAGGCAGCUAACUUCAGUCUUGUUUGUGGUUUGCACGGUUGGAACUGGAACCUUCUAUUAAAAUGGAUAUAUCCUGCAGGCAUGCAUGAAACAAGGCUCCAGGACACGGGGUCUGGAGGACGUCCGAGGCUCACCUGUUUUAGGGUUAGAACUGCCUCCUGUAUUUCCCUCCCCAGACUUCACAGACUUGCCCCCAACCUCUGGCCUGGCCAACAUGGCCUUCUCAAAACAGUAAUAAAUCCCCUGUAGCUA